AUGUUAGUCCUUGUGGUGACAUUCCUGGUCUACUGUGUGGCCCACUUAGCCCGCCGUCCCCUCUCUAUAGUGAAGUCACAAUUGCAUCCAAAGAACUGUUCCGAACAUUUAAGUCCAGACAAACAGAGAGAUAUGUCUGAUGUGGACAUCCAUUGGUGCGAUUGGGCGCCAUUUAACACAGACAAUGCCGAUAUGGACAUGGGAUGGAUGGACACCAGCUUCUUGAUCUCAUACGCUGUGUUCAUGUUUAUGGCCGGUUAUGUGGCCGAGAGGUCUAACUUGAGAGCAUUUUUGCCAAUCAGUCUAAUACUCUGCGGUCUCUUCUCAAUUCUGGCCGGAAUCGCAUACCCACUGGGAAUCCAUAGUCUCUACUAUUUUAUUAUAAUCCAAGUGUUCACCGGUAUUGUGCAGACCAGCGCCUGGCCCGCAGUCAUAGCCGCUGUCGGCAAUUGGUUCGGACACUCCAAGAAAGGUCUCUUAUUUGGCAUUUGGGGCUUUCAUACCACUCUCGGCAAUAUUCUCGGCGCUAUUAUCGCCGGUGCUUUCGUAGAAUACAACUGGGGCAUGUCAUUUAUAGUACCCGGACUUAUUGCUAUUGUGAUGGCAUUAGUAUGUUUCUUAUUUUUAAUCCCUAGUCCUCAAGAUAUUGGAUUCGUUGAUGAGACCAAAGAAUCAGAUAAUACUGAGACUGAAUCGAGUGAUCAGAUUAACGAAGAGUUAGACUCAACCGAAACGGCCAUCUCAUUCUUGGGUGCCCUCACACUUCCCGGUGUCAUUGAGUAUUCAGUUUGCCUAUUUUUCUCUAAACUGGUCACCUAUACCUUCAUGUAUUGGUUACCCCUCUAUAUCAACCAUUCAAUCAAAGUUUCGCCAUCAGAAUCUGCAUACCUGUCCAUAUCGUUUGAUAUAGGAGGCACUGUCGGUGCCAUACUGGCCGGUUAUAUUGCUGAUGUCACGAAUGCCAGUGCUAUCACUUGUAUUGUGUUUCUCUUUCUUACCAUUCCUUCAUUAUUAUCUUAUUAUUAUUGGGGAGCACUUUCCAUGGUUUCCAAUGAGAUUUUGCAAUUCAUAGCGGGUUUGUUUGUGAACGGCCCCUACAAUCUCAUCACAACAGCCGUGUCCGCAGACUUGGCUAAUAAGAUACAAUCCAAGACAGCUUUGGCCACUGUUUCAGCCAUUAUUGACGGCACCGGCUCUAUAGGAGCUGCAGUCGGGCCCGCAAUGGCUGGAUAUGUAGAGGGGUUUGGAUGGGGGUAUGUCUUCUAUAUGGUUGUCGGGGCAAACAUUUUCGCCUUAUUAUCGUUAUUAAGGCUCGGAUUUCAUGAAUUUAAAACAAUUUAUUCACAACGAAAAACAAAACGCAACAAUAACAUCAAUAAGUUAUAG